AUGUACCUGUAUGACUAUGACAGCACUGUAGGCACUACAGUCAAAACAGAUGUAACAACGUAUAUUCAAGUAAUGGCAUGUAUCUCCCUAACUAUCAGCUCCUUGGGGCUAUUUUUAUCGUUACUCAAUACUGUGUUGGCUUCAAACUCAUUGAAGAACUUGAAUAAUAAAAUCAAUAGAAGAACAUUGGGAAAACAUGUGAGGACUAUGAAUGAUGAUUUGCCUAGAAAUCUCGUAACAGAACAAAUAAAGUCAUAUAUGCCAUAA